CAGCCGGUCCCAUCCCGGACGCGGCGGGCAGGCGGCGCUCUGCGGCCGGGCUGCGCUGGGGCUCCGGGGCGGUGCGGACUCCUCUUCCUCCUCCUUCUCCGCGGCGGCGGCGGCGGUGGGCAGAUGCGGCGGAUCUCGGGGCAGCUCUCGCCCGCAGCGGGCUCCAGUUCCCCCGCCGCCCCUAUGGACGGCAGUGGGGGCAGCAGGCGCGCGUAGCUCGGAAGGCAUGCCCCAAACACUGACUUCUACCAGUAUGUUUACCCCAUGUGGCUUCAGCCCUCAUCUACAUACUUCAAAAGAAGAUGAACAAGGAGGACUGAUCUUCCAGGAUGGAAACCUUACCUCAGCAUCUCUGGAUGCUCUAAUCCAGCAUCUGAUACCUACCACUGAUUACUACCCUGAAAAAGCCUACAUCUUUACAUUCCUGCUGAGUUCCAGACUCUUCAUCGAACCCCAUGAGCUUUUGUCCCGAGUUUGUCACAAGUGCAUUGAGCAGCAGCGGCUGGAUGACCCUGUGCUGGACAAGGCUCGGAUCAGAAAAUUUGGACCCAAAAUCUUGCAGCUGCUGACAGAGUGGACAGAGACCUUCCCAUAUGACUUCCAGGAGGAGCGGAUGAUUGGCCACCUGAAAGACAUGAUUCACAGGAUAGCCCCGUGUGAUGAGGCCUACUGGAAAAAGAUGAAUCAGCUUCUGCAAACCUUGAACCAGAAGCUUGCAACUCUCAGCCAUGGGCAAGAAGGGAUUGUCAAGAUCAGUGCUGCUGUCUCAGAUAAGCUGGUUGCCUUUAAAAGUAAACCUCCAGCAAUUCAGAGAGAAAUCCUGAGCGUCUGCAGUGACCCUUACACCCUGGCUCAGCAGCUGACACACGUGGAGCUGGAAAGGCUAAGCCACAUUGGACCCGAGGAGUUUGUGCAGGCUUUUGUCCAUAAAGACCCUCUGGAUGGCACCAAGACUUGUUUCAGUGAGCAGAAGAAGACCAGUAACCUGGAGGCCUAUGUGAAGUGGUUCAACAGACUCUGCUAUCUGGUCGCGACAGAGAUCUGCAUGCCUGCAAAAAAGAAACAACGAGCACAAGUCAUUGAGUUCUUCAUUGAUGUUGCCCGAGAGUGCUUUAACAUCGGGAAUUUUAAUUCACUGAUGGCAAUCAUUUCUGGAAUGAACAUGAGUCCAGUGUCCAGGCUAAAGAAGACUUGGUCAAAAGUGAAGACAGCCAAAUUUUUCAUUCUUGAGCACCAGAUGGACCCCACUGGUAAUUUCUACAACUACAGAACAGCACUGCGGGGAGCUGCACACAGGUCCCUCACUGCGCACAGCAACAGGGAGAAGAUUGUGAUCCCCUUCUUCAGCCUGCUGAUCAAGGACAUCUAUUUUUUGAACGAAGGCUGUGCCAAUCGCCUGCCAAAUGGACAUGUCAACUUUGAAAAAUUUCUGGAACUGGCUAAGCAAGUGGGAGAGUUUAUAACGUGGAAGCAGGUGGAAUGUCCCUUUGAACAAGACCCUAACAUCAUCCACUACUUGCACACUGCUCCCAUUUUCACUGAAGAUGGUUUGUAUCUGGCUUCCUAUGAAAGUGAAAGUCCAGAAAACCAGACAGAAAAAGACAGGUGGAAAUCCUUAAGAUCCACUAUUUUAGGGAAGACUUGAAGACUGAGAGCUUAUUGCAGUAGGUCAAGGAAAAGAAAUCCGCAAACAUUUUGCACUACUGAUUCCAAAGAUGCCUGUUUGGGAUUUAGACACUUUGUUUGUUUGUUUGUUUGAGUUUUUCUGUUGGGUUUUUUGGGGGUUGUGUUUUGGUUUUUUUGACUGCCUAACGUGGUGGAUGAACUGGAUUCAUCCACUGAAAUCAACAGAGCUGUGUGCACAAGGAUGUUUUUUUUCUGAGAGAGAGAGAGGAAGGACAAACAGGCUAUUUGAAGCUGUGCCCAAACUGCAUCAGGAUCACUGUAACUUUUGCCUCUGGAGGAGAACAUACGAAAACCAGGAGCAUGGAGAACCGUGGUACUGCAGAAGCAAAUGGACAAGCAUGAGAAAAAGAAAGCAAAAAAAGACAGAGAUGAAUAUUUCAGAAGCAGGCGCUUCAGACAGCAGCUCUUUAAACCCUCUGAGGAUUGUAAAAUUAAAUCAGACACAGACAGAGCAGCAAUCUGGUUAAUUGCUGAAUGAAGAAGUUAAUCUUCCAUUAGCAGUCCCCCAGCCUUGUUGAACAAAGCACUGACUGCUACAGGUAUAAGCUUCCAGUGGCUGAGAACUGACACCGCUCGCUCACGCCCGUCCGCGUCUGUCGCACGCAGACCACAUCAGCAUGGGACACUCAGACAAGCCCCAGGAGUUUUUGUGGCUCUUGCUCAGUUAUUCUUCCCACCACUGCUGUUGCUUUUCUUACUGUGAAUCUCGGCAGAUCUGAAGAGGACACGAUGUGCAGCUACCCCACCCCACCUAAAGUUGAACUGAAGAAGCAAAUGGCUCUGGGCUCAACUUACGUCUGUGUUAAUGUGUGUAGAGUAUUCCCCAGUUUCAGUGCAUCUUAUGGAGGGGUUUGUCACACUCAAAAGAUGCUGCAAAAAAACCCCAAUCCAUCAGGUUCCAAUUAAUGCAGUUCUGUUUAUUUUGCACCAUAGGACAGGAAGAGGGGAGUCAUUGCUCUGAAUUGGGGAAUCGCAUAGUAUGCUUUAAAAAGGCAAAGCCUUUCAGGCUAGGAUGAUCACACUAAAGAAUUGGUCAUUCAGGAGCAAAUAACCAUUUCUUUCUGUUCACCAUUUCCUUCCAUGUAAAAAUGAAGUAGGGACUGUGUCUUGUGUUUAAAGUUGUACGAUAAUCAAGGUGCUACUGUAAUGCUUCUAUUAAAUUAUAAUGAACUAAAUGGAUCUUAGAUUUACAACUGAGCCCUAAGAGUAGACUAAUUGUGUGUGGAAGGAAUGUUCCUACCUGCCCCGGAGCUUCAAAAAGCUUAAGUGAAACCUAAGUGCCAGAUGAUACUGAACCUUGCAUUUCAUUCCUGACUUGGUGCUGGCCUUUGAGGAUGUUCAGUCUUGGUCUGUCCUCAGAAGAAGGGUGUAACCCUUUCUCUCAGGUCAGCAAUGGUUUUAUUUCACUGAAGGGAGUGAUUCCAAGUAGCUGUAGUGUUUUGGGAAAUGAGGCUCAUCACAAAACCUGGCUGCACUAGCUUGUGCAUUUAGCCAGAGAACUGGAACUGUUCCUGCCCUUUGCCAGCCCUCCGAAGUGAUCUGUGCCUGAGUGAGUUGUUGAAACAUGAGGCAUUGGUGUUUUGAGGGCAGCUCUGAGAGCUGAGCUAAUGGGGAGGUACAGCAGCUUGAGACGUGCUCUGUGUGAGGUACUGAAGAUUCGCAGUGUCUGCAGAGCAGUUUUUGCCCUGGUUUUGGUCAGUGAAAGGCUGUGCAGUCUGGAUCGUGGCCACCUGGAAUUCAGUGCUCUGCAGCUGCAGAAAUGAGCAGGACAGGCUGCUCUAGAUUUGUGUGUUUAGGGGCUUGAGGCAGAACUUCUGUUCUCCUCCUGGUGCAGGUCUAUCGGCGCAUGAAUCCCAGCAGAGGGAACGGAAAAAAGUCACGUUUACUCAAGGCUUGUGUGGAAGAGCUAAGUGUGAGGACUGCACACCAUCACUGCAGGCAGAGGAUGAUCACUGCUCUGGUGAUUCUCUUAAGAGGGUGUUUGUUAUUUUUUGCACGUGAGCUGGGAGCUAAAGGUGCCCACGAAGCCAAUCCCUGGGAGCUAAAGGUGCCCACGAAGCCAUUCCUUCCAGCAGGACCAUUUCCAGAACGAUGUCAUUAAAAGCCUGUUAAAUUCCAACCAAAUCCAGAGCAAUAACCAUCAAGAGCUCUACAGCAAUGCUAAUGUUUAAGCAUGUUUGCUAAGUGGUUGUUAUUCUCCGAAUGCCUGCAGCUUUUUAGCAAGGCACAGAGCGGCUUGAUAGUGGAAAUGGGUUUUAUUGAUUGAUUUCAACUGCCACCCAAUGCAGGUGCUUGGGCCCUAUCUGAAAACCUGCUCCUUAACAUGCAAAUCCUCACUCCUUUUCUAAUGAGCCAAUAGAGGCUGGCGCAGCUGAGAUUGUAAGCCCCUGGAGACGAAUCAAACUGUGAUUUCUCAUGAUGAUCCUUUAUACUCUUGGGCACCUUCCAUGAAUUCAGUCAAUUUGGUAAGUAUGAGUUAAAUUAGGUCUCAUAACCUUUAUCACUGUUGCAAACUAAACUGAUUUCCUACUUCAGAACUUUCAAACCUUCAAGUGGAAGCAAAAAGGUCAAAUUUAGGUGGGUAUUAAGGGCUCAGUUGGACUGUCAGAAGCACUAAAUUAUCUUUAAGCCUUUAUGUAGUCACUCAUUUGAAAGGUCUUUCUUUCAGAGGUGCUAAACAUCCUCAUCUCUUGGUGAAUAGUGAGACAGUUGCUGCUUUCUAGCGGUGUGUGGCAUAGUGAUCUGUGGUACCUGACCUCCAGAAAUGCAAAACAACUUGGACAUGAGAGCAGCUUCAAAAGAAGAGACAGCACAGUUAAAAAGCAGACUUUAGGAACCACAGCUUGUCUUCACAUCACUUCAUAACCAACAUCUUACUACAGAAACAAGGUAAAGCCUUAAGUUUGUCAGGGGCAUUUGUAGUUCCUAUUUGGGUGUACAACACCCAACCACAAGAGAGUGGGUAGAGCCUUGCUUCACCAGCAGGCCUUACAAGGCACUGAGUACACCUGAAAGCAAAGGGUGAUAAUUCCAGCAGUAGAUUUCUUCUUUGGGAAGAAAGGAUAAACUUUGCAUGAAAAUGAGAAAAAAAGCACCUCCAAUGAUUAGUGUUUUCUUGGUACCAGUGUGUAAAGAACUUCCACUGUCCUGAAAAGGAUGUGGUGUUGCUUUGUACCAAGCACUGAGUGGCUGUAAGGCCUGCAGUCAUUGGGCUAACAUCUAGACAAGGUAUGAGUAGUAAUGUCAUGGCUUUUAAUUCCCCUUUUCUCAGUGGAUUUGCCUCCCUGGCAGCUGCUUGAACUAAGGCUGCCCAGAGAACAGAGGAAAACUAGACCUCUGGGGGUUAAGCCUGUAAGAUGUGGUAUGUGAUGGUCUUUCAGAAGCACUAACUCAGCUUCUGUGCAUCCAGCAAUACUUUAAAAGACCCAACUGCAUCUGAACCCUUUCUGCAUCUCCUCCAGCGUAACCAGAGUGGUAGCAGAAGUCCUGGGGUGGCAUUUCUGCAGCAUGCCACUCUGUAGUGCAGGGCUGGGUAAAAAGCCCAGUCAAAAACAGUGAGGGAACUGGGUGCCUUCAGCUUGUGCUGAAGUCAGUGGAUGAACUCCCUCGAUGCCUUUUGAAAGACACCUAAAGCAUACAGUCUUGCCCUCAAUUUCACCGCAGCAGCACUCACAUUACCAAAUUAAAGGUGGCUGGAUGUAGGUCUGCUAGGUGCAACUGAAGGUUGAGGGCAAAACCCUCUUGGAAUGAGUCUAGCACACAAGAAUUGAGCACCAGGGUUGCCAUUAGGCAGUGAACACAGUCCUGUCACACAGCUGGCUGGAAGCUCCCCUUAUGAGUGGAGGACAUGCAGCUCUGGAAGCAAACUGUGAUCCCAGCUGCUGCUGAGAUGGCACUUUGUGGCAAAGUGUGGGCACAGCUGCUAAAGCACUUCAAAUAAGAAACAGUUUGAGUGUGGGGAUAUUUUUGUCAACUUGAAAAUCCUUCGUGAUGUGGUCAGUGAUGCUAAGAUGGUCUCUCAAAAUCAACCAGUCUCUUACUUGGUUACUUUGUCAUGUUUUGUUGCAAUAGUUUAUGCACCUUUCAUUAAAGCACAUGAAGCACUGGCCUGCAGAUGGCUGCAAACCCAGUUUAGAGCAGAGCUCAGUCGAGUGAAUAUGUCAUUGGAGUUCCCAACCAGGAGACAUGUUAGGAGAAAAGAGCUUGUUCUGCAUAUCAGUGUCAAACUCUUACCCAGUCAGCACUGCCUGGCCCCACAAGGACUGUGUGCCAUAGAAUGAGGCUGAUCCCAGGCACAGCAGUGUGGCAGAGGAAAAACUCCCAAUUAUUUUGAAGGGCUUUGGAACAGUCCUGAGGUUAUUUACUGUUGUAUAGUUUUAAGUUAUUCAUGGAGAUUAAACUGCAUUGACGACUGGGGUAGUCCCUGGCCUUUCUUUGGAGCUAGGUUUAACUCACAGACAGGCAGGUUGCACUUAAAGGGAUGAAAAUCCAGCCUUAGCAAAAGGGUUUUUUUGUGGACAUUGUUGAAAGUUUCAGCAGCAAAUUCAAGGACUAAACCAGAACCAAUGAAUUAAUUAAUGUCUGAGAACAACCCUUGAUUUUCUGGCUUUAAGAAUUCUUUUUCUUUCCAGACUGGUAGAAAUGAGCCUUAAUAUCUGUGGUGUCUCACUGGAAAUUAAAACCCCUUUGAUUGUGAACUGCUGAUUCCAUUGUCACAAUUGCAGAAAGGGAGGUUAGGAAUGGCAAGGAAGCAGGGAAAACUCUUUUGUCACUGCUCAGAGGCUCAACAAGGCUCUGAGCAGCCUGACCUAGUGGAGGAUGGCCCUGCUUACUGCACAGGGGUUGGACUAGAUAACCUUUGGAGGUCCCUUCCAACCCAAACCAUUCUGUGAUUCUCUUGUCCUUUUUAGCUAUCUAUUGAGUGAAAUUACCCCAACAGGCUGCAUAGGGCAUUGCUGAACUGUGGCUGGGGAACAGCCAUGUGGCAGCACACACUCAAACAGAGGGAUGCAGAGGUGAUGAGAUGGUCCUGUACAAAAAUGAAGUUCAAAUUCAUGCCUGAGCCUGCUCCCCUAGGUUUCUGAUGCUGGGGUACACCCCUUUGCAAAGGGAAGAAGUUCUUGGAAGUUCAGCUGGGGCAAAACCUGCUUCCUUACCCAAAGGAAUGAUUGCAAGAAAAUGUUUUGAACUAAGAGGUUCCUCCAGAGGACUUGAAAGAGUGAAUAACUGGUUCCCCAGUUCAAGGGAACCCAGGGGAAAAGAAAUACUUCAGGUUGUGAGAAGCUGAGCUGUGAGCUAAGCAAAGGGGGCAGCAAACAAAACAAGGUCUUUUUUUUGGCAGAGCAGAUCUGGAGGCUAACCUGGUUUGCAUUCAUUUCUUCUAGGAUUCUUUUUGCAUGUUUCCAGAUAUGCAACAAAUAGUAACUGCAUUUGGCUGGCACUCAGGCCAGGCAUCAUCACAUCCUGCAGUUUUACAUCCUGCAAGAUGUAGAUAAGGAGCUGGUAGCUUGUAUGGAUGGUACCUCAGACACUCUGCAUGGGUGCAAGACACUGAAACUCAGGCUAUAACCUCAACUGCAGAAAAAAAGCCAGGUAUGAGCGAGUCCUUUCUAUGUCCCCUGCCUUUCUCUGUGGCCACUCACAGGCUGCAAUGCUGUGGAUUCAGAGUGGCUCAGACUGCUCACUCUUCCCUUGAUGCCUUUUCCUCCGCAGAAAUGAGAUCUUGUUCCAUAAACAGGUCUUGCAAAAUGCUGUAGGACCAUUUUGCUUGUUCUCUGCCAUAUCAGGGCUCUGAAGUCAUACUCCAGAGCUCUCAGAACAGGAGUUCUUCCCCCUUUAAUCCCUGUGGCCCUAAAACUGCCAGCCCAGACAGCAAUGUUCCCAGACCACCUUGAAGGCAGAAAGCUUAGAGUUGGGAGUUCAUGGCUGCUCUAAGUUAAAUAUCGCUGCAGGAAAGUUCAUUCUAAGAUGUACAAAGCACUUUUAAGAAACUCCUGACCAGAAAAUUCCAUAGCCCAGCUACCUUCCAGAGAAAUAUGACUUCCUCAGAGAGCUGUUACUGGUCAGUACUACAUCACUGCUCUCAUUGUUUCACUAUGUUUCUAAAGUCUAAGGUCUUCUUACAACAAGUAAACGUACGAUGGGUUCCGGCUGUGGGCCCGUGGGCAAAGAGAAUAAAUGGGCUGCAGUCAGGACAGUUGACAUCAUAGGUACUUGAGCAACAGCCCCCAUUGGGUUAUCACUUACAGUCUGUCCUCACCUUGAACUAGGAGGAACUGUCCCAGUAGAAUCCUCCUAAUUAUUAAAGCUCAGUGAGAGAUGCACACAGGUGCUUCAAGAUACAGUUCUUACAGAUGUACAGGUACAGGAGUAUGGAAAAAGACCACUGCUAGGACACAACACAGGUGGGAAAUACAUUAUCCUCUGGCUUUCAGAACUCUUAGCAGCUCAUCAACUUAGAAAGGUGAGAAAUCAGAGCUUGAGGUGCUUUCCUUUUUAGUGAUAGUGACAGUGGUGGCUGCCUUACAGCUCAGCUCCGAGGACGCACUAUUCUAAGAGAUUGAAUCACAGACCUAAAAGCACAGAGUGAAAAUGGGUGAGCAGAACUGUCCUUGUUUUCAGGUGGAGAAAUUCCAACCUCGGGUGACACACCCAGGGUCACCUGGGAAGCAUUUCCUUUCCAAACAAACCACCCCAUAAAGGUGACUGCCUUUUAGUUUGGCACUUCUGCCACACUCCUUUUUUCACAGCCGCGCCUAGAAAACUGGCAACCAAAUUCUCAUCUUGGGUGUUUAAACAGACUGAAGGUGGGAAAGAAACGUGGAUGGAAAGACUGGUAUCUACUGAUCUUGUGAGCUAGAGUAAUGAGAAGCUGUGCUUUCCCUGUGUCUUUGGGUUUUUAUCUUUAAACGAAGCCACCUCCUGUUAGGAUGAGCAUUUUCCAGUCCAAACCGCGACCCCUGCUACCAUCCAUAGUACCCAAACCCAGGCAGCUUUGUUAGGAGCCCUCAGAACAAACGCUGACACUUUGAUGAAUUGCACAGAGCAGGAACCAGGAAGGUUCCUUGGCAGUGGCUGUUCUGGUUUUCUGGGUUUUUUUGUGACUGUACAUAGACCUUGCAACAUGUUAAUGGUAAUACUGCAUCCUGUACCCCCCGCCCCGGACACUGUGAGGAUAGCAUGGUCAUUGGUACGCUCAUAGCUGUGGUGGAAAAUGUCUUACCCUGCAUUCAUCAUCCUAGUGCCCAUCCUAUUCCCAGGCCUUUUUUUGUUUCCUCUACACUUGUGCUAUGGUUGUUAUGAUCUCCUUUUUGUCAGUCAUGUUCCAGCUAACUUCCCUGUGUAUAGAAUUUAUAUAUGACCCCCCCCCCCUAAUUUAUACUGUGUUUUAACAGUUUGCCUGAACUGUCUAUGGUUUCUACAUUUUUUUGUAAUGUGAGUGUCAAAUAAUAAUGAUAAUAAUAAUAAAAUAAACCCCAAACCUAA